GCCCGGGGCGGCGGCGGCGGCGGCAGGUGCGGCUCCCCCCGGUCCCCCCGGUCCUCCCGGUCCCCUCCGGUCCCCGCCCAGCCCCGCAGCAGCGCCGUCAAUCAGCGGCGCCCCCGCUCCAUCCUCCCCUCCCGCCCGCUGGUCGCGCUGCAGCGGGCUCGGUGACGGGAGGCUCCGCUCCCAGCCAGCACCGAGAACCGGGCGCGGCGGCGGCGGAGGGGCUGGCAGGGCUGGGAGAGCUGCCGAAGCAUGCGGAGCCAUGGGCCAGGGAUGCGGACACUCCAUCCUCUGCCGGAGCCAGCCCUACCAGGCGGCAGCGUCUGACAUCCGCGGCUUCCUGCGGGCGGGGGACGCCGCUCCCGGCCCUGAGGCGCUACAGGAUGCUCUACUGAGCCUGGGUGCUGCACUUGAUGCCACCACCCUGCGUGAUGCCCUCCGCCACGCCCUGGUCACCCUGCUGCCCGCUGUGGAGCAUGUCUAUAUCUACCUGCUGGAUGGGGACACACGGCUGCUCUGCGAUGACCCCCCCCACGAGCUGCCACACAACGGGAAGCUCAGAGAUGCUGUGCAGAAGCAGAAGCGGCUGGAAUGUGGGGGGCUGCUCCCUGCCGAGCUCCCUGGCCGGCACCUGGGACCCCUGGCAGCGCCCCUGGCCCCUGGAACACAAGUGCUCAUCAUCCCGCUGGUGGACAAGAACUGUGGGGCCGUGGUAUGCGUCAUCCUGGUACACUGUGGCCAGCUGAGUGACUCAGAUGAGCAGAACCUGCAUGCAUUAGAGAGACAUGCCCUGGUGGCAUUCCGGCGCCUGCAAGCCCUGCAGAAGUUGCAGCCCUGGCCCCAGGUCAGCCUCUCCACCAGCUCCUCCCAGACCUCUCUGGCCAAGCCUGAGAAGGCACCUGACAGCAGCUAUAAUGACCUAGACUGCAAGAUCCUGCAGCUCUGUGGUGAGCUGUAUGACCUGGAUGCCGCCUCCCUGCAGCUCAAGGUCAUCAACUACCUGAAGCAGGAGACCCAGUCUCUGUGCUGCUGCCUCCUGCUCGUCUCUGAGGACAACCACCAGCUCUUCUGCCAGGUGGUGGGGGACCGUGUCCUGGAUGAGGAAAUCAGCUUUUCACUUACCUUUGGGCGCCUGGGGCAGGUGGUGGAGGAUAAGAAGCCCAUCACCUUGAAGGACAUCAGUGAGGAGGAGCACAAGCAGCUGAGCAGCAUGUUGGGCUGCGAGGUCACCUCCAUGCUUUGCGUCCCUGUCAUUAGCCGGGCCACCUCCCAGGUGGUGGCACUGGCCUGCGCCUUCAACAAACUGAGUGGGGAGAGCUACACAGACACGGAUGAGCACAAGAUCCAGCACUGCUUCUGCUACACCUCCACAGUGCUCACGAGCACCUUGGCCUUCCAGAAGGAGCAGAAGCUCAAGUGUGAGUGCCAGGCCCUGCUGCAGGUGGCCAAGAACCUCUUCACCCACUUGGAUGAUGUCUCUGUCCUGCUGCAGGAGAUCAUUACGGAGGCCCGGAACCUCAGCAAUGCUGAGAUAUGUUCUGUGUUCCUGCUGGACCGGCUCAGUCACGAGCUGGUGGCCAAGGUGUUCGAUGGUGGAGUGGUGGAUGACGAGAGCUACGAGAUCCGCAUCCCAGCAGACCAGGGCAUUGCUGGGCAUGUGGCCACCACUGGCAAGAUCCUAAACAUCAAGGAUGCCUACUCACACCCGCUCUUCUACCGUGGGGUGGAUGACAGCACCGGCUUCCGCACCCGCAACAUCCUUUGCUUCCCCAUCAAGAAUGAGAGCCAGGAGGUGAUUGGGGUGGCAGAGCUGGUCAACAAGAUCAACGGCCCUUGGUUCAGCAAGUUUGACGAGGACCUGGCCACCGCCUUCUCCAUCUACUGCGGCAUCAGCAUCGCCCAUUCCCUGCUGUACAAGAAGGUGAAUGAGGCACAGUACCGAAGCCACCUGGCCAAUGAGAUGAUGAUGUACCACAUGAAGGUGUCUGAUGAUGAGUACACCAAACUGCUGAGUGAGGGCAUCCAGCCCGUGUCCACCAUUGACCCCAACUUUGCCAGCUUCACCUACACACCACGCUCACUGCCUGAGGACGACACCUCCAUGGCCAUCCUGAGCAUGCUCCAAGACAUGAAUUUCAUCAACAACUACAAGAUGGACCGUCAGACGCUCACCAGGUUCUGCCUGAUGGUAAAGAAGGGGUACCGUGACCCUCCCUACCACAACUGGAUGCAUGCGUUCUCCGUCUCCCACUUCUGCUACCUGCUCUACAAGAACCUGGAGCUCGUUAACUACCUGGAAGACAUUGAGAUCUUUGCCCUCUUCAUCUCCUGCAUGUGCCAUGACCUGGACCACAGAGGAACAAAUAACUCCUUCCAGGUGGCCUCGAAAUCAGUCCUGGCCGCGCUCUACAGUUCAGAGGGCUCUGUCAUGGAGAGGCAUCACUUCGCCCAAGCCAUUGCUAUCCUCAAUAGCCAAGGCUGCAACAUCUUUGACCACUUCUCAAGAAAGGACUACCAGCGCAUGCUGGACUUGAUGCGGGACAUCAUCUUGGCCACUGACCUGGCCCACCACCUCCGCAUCUUCAAGGAUCUCCAGAAAAUGGCAGAAGUGGGAUAUGACCCCAAGAACAAGCAGCACCGCAGCUUGCUGCUCUGCCUGCUCAUGACCUCCUGUGACCUAUCUGACCAGACCAAGGGCUGGAAGACCACCAGGAAGAUUGCAGAGCUGAUCUACAAGGAGUUCUUCUCCCAGGGUGACCUGGAGAAAGCCAUGGGGAACAGCCCACUUGAGAUGAUGGACCGGGAGAAGGCCUACAUCCCCGAGCUGCAGAUCAGCUUCAUGGAGCACAUUGCCAUGCCCAUCUACAAAUUGCUGCAGGAUCUCUUCCCCAAGGCAGCGGAGCUCUACGAGCGGGUGGCCAGCAACCGGGAGCAGUGGACCAAGGUCUCCCACAAAUUCACCAUCCGGGGGUUGCCCAGUAACAACUCCCUGGACUUUUUGGAUGAGGAAUAUGACCCACAGGUCCCUGACCCCCAGCUCAAUGGCUGCCUGGAAUCUGAGGUGGGGCAGCCCCCCGAGACUGGGGCCGAGUGAAGAAGGCGAUGGGGGGCCACAGCCAUGGCUGGGCUGGGAGCAUCCCCAAGCCUCAUCCCCCAGCCUGUGGGGAGGAGGUUUGGGGGGAUAUCGGUGAAUCUGGACUACCACGGCAACAGCUGUGUGCUGCCAGCAGCCGCCACUGUUCCUUCCCCACCACUGGGUGACUAUCUCCUCCGUCCGAGGCAGAUGUUCAGGUGUCCCGUCCACCCGGUGGUCCAUGGGACACUGCCUUGGUGGCUGGAGCACCAAAGGACACAGUGGGGCUGGGGGAUGGAUGUGCUUUAAGCUGCCUUAAGACUGCAGGUCCUGUCCUCAUGGGGUGACAAUAAGAAUUAUGUCCUUGGUGGAAGCACCCAGAGGGGUCGGUCACCAUGACAUGGGUGUGCAUGGGUUAGCAGGACAGAGGGGGGUGGUGUGGGGCAGGAUGGCGAGGGGCAGUGGGAGAGCUGUGGGGGGGCUGUAGAGUGUAUGGGGGGUGUUGCCAUGGACCACGGAUCAGGUCCACAGAAGAAGGUUGGCUCCAGCUGGAGGAGGGAAGAGACACCAGAGUGGGAUGGCCACAGCCAUGGGGAUGUGCCUGCAUCCCCUGCUGGGUUCCACACUAGAGAACCAGCUGCAGCCCCACCCCUCUAGGACCCCAUAACCCAUUCAUCCAUGGAAGGGCUCGUAUCGCUCACAUAGCCCAGUCCCAUGCAACCACACAACCAUGUCCCCUAAAAGGGCUACACGCUUGCCAAGGCUGGGGGUCCUGCUGCUGGUCUGCACACACAGGGGAGACUGUGCUCCACAGAGGGUUCAUCUGGUCCCAUAUAUCACCUUCUGGUCCCAUACAUGCCCUUACCAUAAGCAGAGGAACACAGGUGUUCCUGUGAGGUGUCCACCCAGGCACCUCCUCACUAGGAGCAGCUUCUUUGGUGAUGACCAUGUCGUGAGCAUCCCUAGCUCACAGUGGCUUCACAACUCCUGCCAUACCAACCUCUGUGCACAGAUCCUGCUGACAUUUUGGGAUUCUUCUCAUCUUGUGGAUCACUGGACGUGAACCUCAGUGGUCUCCUGUGGUCCCUCUGGUCCUGCAGACCACCGUGCAUCGACCCUACCAUUUUCCUGUGGCCCCUCCACGCACAGAUGCUGUUGGUCUACCAUGGUUGAUCUGGUCAUGCAUGGACCCUGGUGUUUUCCCUUCUUGUCCUGACUGCCAUGCAUGCACCCCACCAACCUCCUGUGGUUUUUCUGCUCCUGCGGACCACUGUGCAUGGACCCCAAUGCCUUCCUCUGUGUCCUACAGACCACUGUGGUGGUCAAAGCCACUCGAAACACCCUUGAGCAGGGGAACUGUACAGAGCAGCUUGCCCUGCUGGGGCAGAGCUGAAGAGGGGGCUGGGACUGAGUAGGUGUGCUCAGUAUUGAGGGAUUAGGGUGCACUGAGCCCUCAGGCUGCAUCAUCCAGUUUGUGGGUGCUGCAUGAGUCCACCACCACACCCGGGAAAGGCGAUGGGAGCAGCAUGGUAAAAUUCCAGCACUGCUGGCAUUGGUGUUGGCUGUGUUGGGAUCAAGAGUUCACAUGGGGCCAUUUGCCACCUCACCCCCAUCCUCUGCAGUAACCCAUGGCACCAUCCCAAGUGGUGCCACAGCAGGUCCCUCCUGGAUUUGGGCUGCACAGUGGCUGCUUCUCUCCGUGGCUUUGUAAGCAAUGACUUGCCUGUGUUCUUGGGAUACCUGGAGUGUGUGUCUGCAGGAGUAAUGGGACACCUCAACGCUGAGCUGCUCCAUGUGGCUGAAGCGACCUGAAUUCCUUUUGCCUUACCUACUCGGAGAUGCCUUUAGUGAGAUGCUUUGCCCAAACCCUGGUGGGACCCACCUGGUGACUGAGUCUGUCUGCUGGCCCAUGGUUUUGCCUCCAAGCCCCCCUUAAGCCCUUCCCCCCCACCCCACACUGCCAUAGGGGUGCCCAGAAGGCAGCAAAUCCCCAAGAUGCAAGAGGAGAACAGAAGCUCCAUCCCUGUCAUGACUUUGGAACAGCCCUGGUACCAACGUGCCAGCAGGUACAACUGUUCAAAGACAGUCCCUGCAUCCCAGUGCUGAUCCAGGGAUGCCUGACAUUGCACAGAUCUCUCCAUCCAAUAGAUGUGGGGGUGUCCUGCACUUGGGUUCUGCAUCCCGGGUACCACACCAUGGUGGGGGCACACAAGGAUGCCCGUUUCCCAGCCGUAUUCCACUUUUCCAGCCCCUGCUGCUGGUGUGUGUAGGUAGCCAAUGCUUUCCCAGCUCCUGCCCCUGUAUAUACCCCUCUGGAUACUGAGGAGUGCAGUUUGCACCCAGCCCAGCUCACCCAUGAGUGUGCACAGGCGUGUGUGGGUGUGCAAACCUCCUCCAGCUUUUCUGUCCUUCUGUCUUGCGGCACUGGUUGUUCUGGACUCCAAUGGAGCCUAAGGAGGAGAUGACUUCUCUUUCUUCCUCUCCUCCUCCUUCUUUUCUUACUCUUCUUUUCUUCCUCCUUCUCUUCUUCCUCCUCCUGCCCCUACUGUUUCUCCUCCUCCUGCUCCUUCUUUAUUAUUAUUUCUCUUUUUUUGGUGGGUUUUGGUUUUCCUAAAUAAAUUUCAUAUGUCAA